UUUCACAAAAACAGUUAGCUGAGAACUCAAAACCCUAGGAGUGAGAAGGCGAGGGCGAUACUUGAAUCUUCUUCGUGGUGGAUGAUUUCUGCUUCCUUCCACUGAUUUUGAGCUCGCAAUGUUGUGAACAUUUUGUUGUUAGGUGACUAUAUUGAAACCCGUGCUUGAUUUGUGCUAAAGACGUUCGCUGUGCUUCAGCUGAGCUAGUAGUUCGUCGCUUUUGAGGGGUCUUAAUAUUGGCCGAAUUGGGGAAGAGUUCUCUCCCAUUGGUGUAAGGGAAUACAACUCUGUUUAAUAAUAUACGACCAAAUGGAGGCAAUCAAUUUGACUAACUGUCUCUACAUGGAUUGAGAAGCUGAACUACAGUUUGUUGUACAAACCGUGGUCAAUUGUUAAUACAUGUGUUCCCACCAAUGGCUAAAAAUCGAGAAAAUCCUUUGGGGAAAGCUAUUCGAAGUGAACACUUUUUGGAUGACUCUAGUAGCGUUGGUGGUCAAGUGAAGGGAAUGGGGGAGGUUAUCAAGAAACAAGGUGAAGUGUUUGGCAGGCCACCUAAUAUGAAUUUCCGUAUUGAGACUUUCUCAAGAAUAUGCCUCACCUUUGAUGAUAGAAGAACUCGUUGGGAUAAUGAAAUGGGGUUAGGUGGAUUAUUGACUGUUCCAACUGACAUACACCUACCUCGUCAGUUGGGGUAUUGGUUGAUGACUCGUAUUGAUCCUCUGAACAAAGUUUUUAUUGCUCCGGAUGGUAAACAAUUCAGGUUAUCCGCUAAUCAAGUGCAUUGGGUAUUAGGCAUUCCCAACGGGGGCUUAACUGUUCCCACUGGUAAAUCAAAGUUCUCAUUGAUGCAUGAAAAGGUCAUUAGAAUCCAAGAAAAGUAUGGUGUACCAACUAGGACAAGGUCAAAGAAGGAUUCAGGUGUAGUCUAUACCUCUAUAGGCAUACCUGUGAAUGGUAAAAUGAUGGAAAGGGUGGAGGGGAAAUGGGAGGCACACGAGGAGGAGGAAUUUAAGACACUUUUCUUGUUUUUGUCACUAGAAAUGGUUUUAUGUCCUACACAGUCUCCUAGGCUGGCUUGUGAUUUAUUACAUGCCCUGACUUGUGCCAUGAAUGAUGGCUCGUACAACUGGUGUGAAUUAGUAUUAAAAAAGUUGAUGGAGAGUGUUGGGAGUUUUGCUCGACGAUUUUAUUCUACUGGGGUUGCAGGUGGAUGUGGUGGGUGUACCAUAUUCGCAGUGGUUUUUUAUCUUGAUAGGUUAAAUUGGUUUCCUGUGCAAUGGGGUGAAUUUCCCCGAAUAAAGGUUUGGGACAUGAAUAAGCUUAGUAUUGCCUUUAAACAAGAUCGAAUUGCGAGCGGAGGUGAUUAUGGAAAGUUGGGGAGUUUAGAUGUAGCAUAUGGUGAGAUUCAUCCAAAGGAAGCUCGGGAUAGUGAUGGACCUUCCUCCAUGACAAAGGGUGUGGCCCAUCAGUUUGUUGGUCAACCUCUCGAGAAUGGGCAUAAUCCUAAUAAGCGUCGUGGUGCACCAAAGUGCUCUUUUCCACAUCAAGUAAAAAUGCCUUAGCGGACUAGUAUGAGGAGCUUUAAGGCAAGUUCACUUUCAGAUGUUGUUCCAUUUAAUUCAACCAACCCUACUUACGUUCCAAACACAGAAGUUCCUCAGUUUUGUCAAUUACUAAGUGGUCUGUCCAGUUAUUUCUCCGGGGGCACAACGACGUGGAAUUUAACUUCGGAGUUGGUGUCUUUGUUAAGACGGGUUGUUGCUUGGUUUCAGUUUCAUAGUGCAUUUGGCAUGGAAUUACAUGAAUCAUGGCAGAAUCACGAUGAAAUGGAUGCAAUUGCCCAGACGGAGGUGAUAUUCUUUGCUGGUGGUGUGGAGGGUUUUAGUUUGCUUUUGCGUGCCCUAAAUACUUUUCUGGAUUCCCCACAUAGUCAGUUCAUGGGAAUAGUGUCACAGAUGCAUGUCCAAGAUGUCGUUGAUAUGCCUCGUAGAAAUUGUACUUGGCUUGUAGCAAAAUUUGGAGAGCCAACACAGUUGUGUUUGUUGCGUGUCGGCUAUCACUCACCCUCCAUUCGACUAAUAAAAAUAGCUGGCGGUGGUUAUUCGAAGCAGUUGUAUGCCGCAUUACAUGAGGACUGGUUCAAACACCUACCUUACAACUGUGUAACCCACAACGUUGUGGCAAUUUCUAAGAAGUUAUAUAAAUUUUUCUCAGCCAGUAGAAACAUCAGGUGUGUAUGAUUUAGGCAAUAAUUUCAUAGUUCCAUAUAAGGCUGUAUUUGUUUGAAUGUGAAUAUUAUUCUAUGUCAUAAUAUGCGUAUUGUAAUUUUUUUAUGUGAAAAAUAUGGAUUGUGAAAAUUAUAAAUUGUUAAAAUUAUUCUAUCUACUUAG